GUUGCAUGGCAUGCAGUCCAACCACAGAAGCUAGUAUGCUAUUAUCCAAAAUCCUGCAACUUCUGUGGUGCUCUUUAUCUCUCGUUUCUUCUACUAAUCCAACCCCAAAUCCUCCCAUCGAGCUAGCGCGAUUCAUACUUCAUCGCCAAUCACAACCAAAACAUCUGCUGCGUACAUUUUCAAUCAUGAACGACACAGUAGACAAACUUGUUAUCUUCCUGGCAAAGAGGGACGGCAUUGACAAGCUUGUCAAAACCUUCCAAUACGUCUCCAAGAUUGCGCACUGGCAUGCCGAGGCCAAGAACCCCGAAGUUGCGCAGCGAGCCAAGCAGUGGGAAGUUGCAUCCGGGCUUAGCCGGAAGGCCUUUCGAACGGGGCGGUUUCUCACGGGAUUCAAUGCGCUGAGAAGAAGCCCCGGCUCCAACCCUACGCUUCGGUUCCUAGCCGUUCUUGCUAAUGCAGGGGAGAUGGUCUACUUCUUUUUCGACCAUUUUCUCUGGCUGUCCAGAAUCGGGACUCUGAACCCGAACCUGGCGCGAAAGAUGAGCUUUAUAUCGGCGUUUGGUGAGUCGUUUGGGUAUGUUUUCUUCAUCGUUUUGGAUUUCAUUGCGUUGAAAGAGGGCGCGGAGGCGGAGAAAAAGGUUGCUGCCUUGGAGGACAAGUCUGCGGAGACGAAGAGCGAGAGUUUGAGAAAGAUUAGGGCUGAUAGAGUGAUGAGAUUAAUGGCAGUGGCGGCUAAUGUUGCGGAUUUGAUCAUCGGAAUCGCGGAUAUCGAGCCUAAUCCGUUCUGUAAUCAUGCCGUCACUCUUGGGAUUAGUGGUUUGGUAUCUGCAUGGUCCGGUUGGUACAGAAACUGGCCUUCAUAAGUGAUUGAGCUCUUGUUAAUUGUGUUUAGAGCUGAAGUUUGUAAAUUCAGUAUAUCUACUGCAUCGUUAUACAUAUAUAUAUAUAUAUAUGUUUAAUUUGAAGUUAUUAAACCAAUGCCACCUAAA